AUGGGGGGUUGGACGGCUUUCCUCUUUACCUACCUCUUGGGAGGCUUGACCUUCUUGCCCUUGGUCAUCUUGGUUGCCCUCAUCCACGCCUAUUUGACCCUCCCCUACCGACAUGAUGCCAAUACGACCCGUGACGUUGCCGACGUCGUCGACGACAGCCCGGGCUUCAUCAUCCAGCCCGGCGACGACCUUACGGGCCUCGAGGCGGUGAAAGCUUCGACCAAGGACGACACGCCGACGAGUACGACAACGAAGCGCUCCGCCCAGGAUAAUGACGUCGCCGCCGGCUACUUCGCCGUUUGCAGAGAGUACACUCCCAUGGGCAUCAACGCGAAGCCCAUUGAGCGAGCCACCCCGACUGGCUCUACCACCGUCGCCCCGCCGAGCCAGAGCGUCUAUCAGACCAUGUACAAGAGCAUCUUCGAGCGUAAGCCAAUCCCGGGACCCUUGGAUAACAGAAACGGCCUAAGCCAGCGUCCCAAGAAUGCCGGUAACGUCUUCUACGUCGUUUUGAGGCAUGGCCACCUGAUGCUCUUUGACGACGACGAACAGCUCGAAGUCCGACAUGUGGUCUCGCUCCUACACCACGACAUCAGUAUAUACUCCGGUGGGGAUGUAACGCCUGAAGGCGAGCUGUACAUCAAGAGGAAUGCGUUGUGUCUGUCGCGGAGGACAGACGAGCCCGAAGUCGGCCCGGACAGCCGCUUAUCCAAGCCGUUUUACCUCUUCUCGGAAAACUGCUCGGCCAAGGAGGAUUUCUACUUUGCCAUGCUCCGGAACCAGGAGCAGAACUUCAGCGCCGAGAGGAAAGCCCCCAGGCCGAAGCAGUUUGAGGUUAAAAACAUCAUUGCGCUGGUCCAGAAGCUGCACUCGUCAGAGGAGCAUCUGUCCACGAGAUGGUUAAAUGCCAUGAUUGGUCGAGUGUUUCUAGGGAUCUACAAGACCACGGACCUGGAGCACUUUAUCCGCGAGAAGCUGACCAAAAAGAUUGCCCGUGUGAAGCGGCCGUCUUUCCUUACCAACAUCGCCAUUCGCGGAAUCGACACCGGCGAGUCCGCACCUAUCAUCACGAAUCCACGCCACAAGGACUUGAAUGUGGAAGGCGAAUGCGUCAUGGAGGCCGAUUUUCGGUACACGGGCAACUUUCGCAUUGAAGUGGCUGCUACGGCUCGCAUCGACCUCGGAGCGCGCUUCAAGGUGCGCGAGGUCGAUCUCGUGCUUGCCGUCGUCCUGAAGAAGCUCGAGGGCCACAUGCUGUUCAAGAUCAAACCCCCGCCGAGCAACAGAGUAUGGCUCUCUUUCCAGAGCAUGCCAAAAAUGGAGAUGACGAUCGAGCCGAUUGUUAGCGCUAGACAGAUCACGUACACGAUUAUUUUACGACAAAUCGAAAACAGGAUCAAGGAGGUUAUUGCCGAGACGUUAGUGCAACCGUUUUGGGACGACAUGCCGUUCUUCAACACAGAACACAAGAAGUGGCGGGGCGGCAUUUGGGAGGACGACGAUGCCGUCGUUGGUUCCCGUAGCGCGGAGACCAAUGUUGCAGGAGACGGCGAUGUGGAAGGUGUCGAUCGUCUGGACGAGACGGGAGACUUGCAAAGUGACAUGAGACCAUUCGAGAAGAGCCACAGCAUGCCAAUAAUCGAGAACUCCCAACCCGCCGGCUUAUUCGGCAGGAAGAUUCAGGGCAAGGGACCGAACAGUACCCUCAACGGCUCUUCAACGAGCGUCGACGCCAUGGGCUCCCCGUCGUCAACGGCGUCAGCGACAUCCGUCCCUAAGCCGUUCAGAUCGCCGUCGCUCUCAAGUCCCGCGAAUCCCGUGGUUGGCACUGACGUAGCUCACGCGGACGUAUUCAAACCCUCGUCUUCGCCGCCUGAUCAUGCUUCGAGCAUGAUGGCGGCACUGUCAGCAAGGUCGACGCCGGCGACGGCUGUCUCUGAGGCACCAGCCAGGCCUGCGCCCGUCGCCAAAGCUCCAAGCCAAUCUUCCGCGUCCUCCUCACACGAAGCGACGGAUAACGAGCACGAGGCAGAUCGCACGCCGAUGGCCAAGGGACGACGAAGCACGACCUCGUCGGCCGAGUCUAUGCGCAUACUUGAGUCCACGGACCCGAGCUCGCCAACGUCGUCCUCAAGAGCCUCUGUCAAGAGUGCUACAGGGUCCAUUUCCAAGGGACUUUUUCGACGAGAGAACACGGGGAGCACGAACUCGACCACGCCGACAAACGGCGAGACGAAACGCACCACCCUGUCGGCUGUAGCGAACGCCGCGGUCACGGCCAGGCAAUGGGGCUGGAACGCAAUUCAGAAACACAAGGACGCCAAGAACGGCAACGGGGCGGAACAGAAUGCCCCGCUGGAUCUGAACCAACCGAUGGGGAGAGGCCGACCCUUACCGCCGCCCGGCACGCCGCUCCCACCACCCGAGAGGGGAUCCAAAGUCACGACGAUCCCCGUGCCGAAGCGGAAGCCCAUACCCCCGCCUAACCUGGUCGAACGCCCGCAGUCAAACGCAUCGUCGGAGAGCAGACCUGAGCGCCGGCCUGUGCCACCGCCGCCGUUGCCGUCGCGCCGCCACAUCGACACGCACAAGAACGUAGACGAAGGUGGCGGUGAGAGCUUGCUGGUCGUGGAGGCGCCGCUUGACUCGGAGCCGUCGACGCCGAUGGACGAGAACAUGCCCCCGCCGACGUAUGUCCAGCCGUGGGCCGAGGACGCGUCUGAUAACGAGGAAAUUGCGGAAGCGUUGCAGACGCGAAACCACAGAGAAGAUGAGAAGGGAGUGGAGAGGAACAGGAUGCCCCCGCCCCUCCCGCGCCGCCGUGGGAAGCAUGAAGAGGAGCGGCCUGUUGAGGCCGUCCCUACGAACAUGGUGAAUGACGAUGAUGAUUACUCUGCGUGGAUCGACGAUGCGCAGGACGAUUUGGUUGGCGGCGGGAGGGGCAGCGUGGAGGUGAAGUGA